AUGUCUCUAGGUGGAUUCCAUGUGCCGAAAGGGACGGGCAUCAUCGUUAACUUGUGGGGGAUAGGAAGGGACGAGAGCGCAUGGCCUCGUGCCGAGGAGUUCAUCCCGGAGAGGUUCUUGGCUGGCCAGGAGGUGCACUCAUCAAUGGUGAAGGAGGUGUAUAGGCCGUUUGGUGCCGGGCGCAGGGUGUGCCCUGGAAUGGAGUACACCGCACGGUCUACGCCGUUGCUGCUGGCCUCGAUUCUGCACAGAAAUGAGUGGAGACUACCUGAUGGUGAUGGGAUCGGAUUGGAGGGUAUGGACCUCCAUGACCGCUAUGGCACCGUGUUGAAUCCGGCGACCCCCUUACAUGCUGUGCUAGUGUCUAUCGUGUGA